AAGUAAGCUGUUUAAAAUUAUUCACACACAAUUUGUACGACACUGAAAUAUUCUUAGACUCUAAAAUGGAACUGAUGGGACUUAUGGACGGAAGUGGAUCCAAUGUAACUGUAGCAUCAAGUGCAUCGCGUCUUGAGCCAAUCCCGAUAGUCGAAAUAUCUAAUAAUAAAACAUCGGCGGCAGAUAUCCUGCGAGGAAAGAAGAUACCCAUCACUCGGCUGACUCCGGAAUCAUUGGCCAAGGCCAAGAGUCACACGAAGAAGGUGGAAACUUUGCUCAAAAAGGACCAAUCUGAAUCGUUAAUAUCCCUACGGAGACCGAGCGAUCAAUUUCAGAGCUCUCUGGUCGAAGCACUGGGCCCUUUUAUGUAUCUGAAGAAGAAUGACGAUGCUGCCGAUGUCAGUACUCAUCCCAGUUACAAUAUUAUGAAAUUCAAACACUUAAAUUCCUACGUCAAGUAUUUGGAUUCCAAGGAGAAAUAUGACAAGCAGUUUAUGCGCGAAAUGGAACACCUUAUUGAAAGUCAGCGCAAUAUCUGCGAUCAAUACUUCCUGAAGAAAAUUCUCUGCUAUAACACACGCUGGCCUCCGUUGCACACAAAACGGGAGCUGAACGUUUUUGUCAAAAAAUUUUUUCAGCUUCCUCCCAAGGCUAAGGCUCGCGUCGAAUAUCUCAUGAAAACUGAUUUAAGUCUGGGGAACUAGAGUCCGCAAAAAUUGCAAAAACAAUUGUGCUAUUUAUUUCAUUCGAAAAUGGUUUAAUUAGCACACUUGUUUUUGCAAUCAAGCUAGCCAUUUUCCAGCUAAUUACUUUGUAUAAAAAAGUCCAUAUACAAUAAAUUAAAAGCAUAAAUUGAA